AUGGGUCUAUUAUGUGCCCACAUAAUUAAAGAACGUUUUGCGACCUGUCAAUCAUUAAGUUUUUGUGACAUCUAUAAACACUGGUGGAUCAAAAAAGAACAAAGUUUGGAGAUAGAGAAUGAUCAGAUUGAACAAGUACUCAAAGAAUUUCAUCAAAAAUAUGAUUUCUGGCUUGUUCUACAACAAGAAAAGGCUCGAGCUAAGCUCUUAAAAAUGAUUCAAGAACCCCCACUGCUUCUUUUAGAACCAACUAUUACAUGUACUAGAGAACGACUAACCGAAUCACAAAAUGAUGCCCAAUCAUCUACUCAGAGAAUUUCUUCAGUCUUUGAGAGAGAAGAAUUGAAGACAACAGCUAAAAAGUGUGGUAUAUGUCACAAUAUCGGACAUAAUAGUAGGACUUGUUCUGAUAGUAGUUAA